AUGUCCGCAGAACGCACCCCCUCCAUCUCCACGCUCUCCAUCCAUGCCGACGACGCCCAUGCCACCCGCCCCAUGAACGAUGUCGCCCCGCCAAUCCACGUCUCCACAACCUUCCACUACCCCCGGGACCCCGACGCCCUGAUCCCAUCCUCCGACCUCGUCGUCGCCGCCGCAGCCGCCGACACCUCCGGCAAGCUCCCAUCCCUCCCCUAUGUUUACUCCCGUCUCGCUACGCCCUCUACUACGCGCCUCGAGCAAGUCCUCAGCACCCUCCUCCACGGGCCCUCCACCACCUACGCCAGCGGCCUCUCCGCCUUCCACGCCAUCCUCGUCCGCGUCAACCCCCGCCGCAUCUCCAUCGGCAGCUGCUACCACGGCUGCCACAACGUCGUCAAGAUCUUCACGCGCCUCAAUGGCCUCGAAGUCCUCCCUCUCGACUGCGCAGCCGAGGACCUCCAGCCCGGCGACCUCAUCCAUCUCGAGACGCCGCUGAACCCGGACGGCACGGCGAGCAGCAUCCGCGAGUACGCGGAGAAGGCGCAUAGUCGCGGGGCGUUCCUGUGCGUGGACAGCACGUUUGCGCCGCCGCCGCUGCAGGACCCGUUCGUGCAGGGCGCGGACUAUGUCAUGCACUCGGCGACAAAGUACAUUGGCGGGCACUCGGACCUGCUUGCGGGCGUGGUGGCGGUUAAGAGUGAGGAGGAGGCGGUGAAGUUGAGGAGUAUCAGGACGCUGGAGCUGCGGGUGCAGAGGCAGUCGGAUAGUGCGACGAGGCUGGCAAAGUGGUUGGCGGGUCUGGUGGAGAGUGAUAAGGAGAUUGCGAGUGUCGUGGCUAGGGUGUCGCAUGCUAGUCUACAGGAGCAGGAGCCGUGGCUGCUGGAGCAGAUGCCGAAUGGAUUUGGACCGGUAUUCACAAUUCACACUGUUCGUGGGGAGCAAGCAAAGGUGCUACCGAGCCGGCUGAAGUGGUUCCAUCAUGCCACCAGCUUGGGAGGAGUGGAGAGUUUGGUUGAGUGGAGGGCUAUGUCGGAUGAGUUUGUGGCCAAGACGGUCGUAAGAGUAAGUGUGGGAUGUGAAGGGUGGGAAGACCUGAGGGAUGAUCUGGAGAGAGGCCUGAGAGAGGUGGCCAAGAUGUCGAUAUAG